UUUACGUUUUUUUUAUUUGCGCCAAAAACAUAGCUUGCUUUUUCCAAAGAUCCCGCUUUUUUCUCUUUCUUCUAAAACCCUAUCCUUUUCUCGCCAGCCAAACAAACUAAGAAUCUGCAAUCGGCUCUCUCUCACUAUACUCAGGUUAUAUUUGGCGGAGUUUAAGCUAUUUGUUAAUGGCCGCCUCUUCUUGGUUUUCCACCGGUUUAUUGAAUGAACGUUCAAUCUCUUUCACGCCCAUGAAGUGCUAUACACGGACAAUAUGCAAUUGUCCAAAUCUGUUCAGUAAACAAACCUUUUGUCCAAAGCCUGUCUCUGUUUAUGCUGGAUCAAGACAUUCAACUAGGAAUGGAAUUCGGUGUAGAACAUUGGAAGUUGAAAGUACACCUUCAUUUUCAAUUGGAAAGAAAUUUCAACUUGAUGAUGUGAUUGAGGCACAGCAGUUCGAUAGAGAGAUUCUAAGUGCUAUAUUUGAAGUUGCACGAGAGAUGGAGAAGAUUGAGAAGAAUUCUCCUGGGAGUCAAAUUCUUAAGGGUUAUCUCAUGGCUACCCUUUUUUAUGAGCCGUCUACUCGUACUAGGCUUUCUUUUGAGUCAGCCAUGAAACGGUUAGGUGGUGAGGUUCUGACUACUGAAAAUGCAAGGGAAUUUUCAUCGGCUGCCAAGGGAGAGACCCUUGAAGAUACUAUUAGAACUGUUGAAGGGUAUUCAGACAUUAUUGUCAUGCGUCAUUUUGAAAGUGGUGCUGCAAGAAGAGCUGCAGCAACCGCUAACAUUCCCAUUAUUAAUGCAGGGGAUGGUCCUGGACAGCAUCCAACUCAGAAAUCAAUGCAGGCUCUUUUAGAUGUAUACACUAUAGACCGAGAGAUAGGUAAAUUGGAUAGCAUUAAAGUUGCACUUGUGGGAGAUCUGGCAAAUGGGAGAACAGUCCGUUCACUUGCAUACUUGCUUGCCAAAUAUGAAGAUGUGAAGAUCUAUUUUGUCUCUCCUGAUGUAGUAAAAAUGAAGGAUGAUAUCAAAGACUAUUUGACGUCGAAGGGAGUCAAAUGGGAAGAAAGUGGUGAUUUAAUGGAAGUGGCUUCAAAGUGUGAUGUUUUGUAUCAAACUCGCAUUCAACGAGAACGGUUUGGAGAGAGAGUUGACCUUUAUGAAGAAGCUCGAGGCAAAUACGUUGUGGAUAGUGAUGUGUUAAAUGUGAUGCAGAAGCAUGCUGUGGUCAUGCAUCCUCUCCCGAGACUUGAUGAGAUAACUGUAGAUGUGGAUAAGGAUCCAAGGGCUGCAUAUUUUAGACAAGCACAGAAUGGUCUAUACAUUCGAAUGGCGCUUUUGAAACUUCUACUUGUUGGAUGGUGAGAGAUGUGCUAUUGGAAGUAUUGAAUUUUGACAUUUCAUCUUAUGGCCUGCUGGUUGAAUUUAUAGCAAAACUGCCAGAAUCGCCUAACAUUUUAAGAAAUCACUAGUCAGGAAAGAACUAUGAUGUACGCAUCUUUUCUCGACAAUCCUUUUGAGGCCUUUUUCCCUUUUUUUUUGGUGGGUCUGAAUUAAAACCAUCCAAACGGAAGAAUCCAAUAAUGAUUCCUUUAACAGUGUGAUAUCUUGAAGAAUAA